AGAGAUUGCAGCAUACAGGGAACCGGCAGGCACAGGACACACGCCUUCUGCAUAGUUGCAUUAUGUCUAACUGUGGCACGUGUACAUCUGGGUCCCUCAAACCUAUGGACUUAUAUAACAGUUUAACAGCCCAAGGAGACAAAGUUCGAGCACUCAAAUCUGAAAAGGCUCCCAAGGAAGAGAUUGAUGUGGCUGUGAAGCUUUUAUUGGCCCUGAAAGUCGAUUAUAAGAAUGUGACUGGCCAGGAUUACAAACCAGGCGUUCCUCCAGCAGAUAACCUACCUAACAACAGCAAUCAACCGUCUACAACAGAUGACGAUGAUGAUUUUGUUGAUCCAUGGACAGUGCAAACAGGAAGCGCAAAAGGUGUAGAUUAUGACAAGCUUAUUGUACGGUUUGGGAGCAGUAAGAUUGAUCAAGAACUCAUCGAUCGAAUAGAACGAGUCACUGGACAAAAGCCACAUCACUUUUUACGCAGAGGAAUAUUUUUUUCACACAGAGAUAUGCACCAGGUUCUUGAUGCAUAUGAGAAGAAGCAGCCAUUUUACCUGUACACAGGAAGAGGCCCUUCCUCUGAAGCAAUGCAUAUGGGUCACCUCAUUCCGUUCAUCUUUACAAAGUGGCUGCAGGAAGUAUUCAAUGUUCCUUUGGUUAUACAGUUAACCGAUGAUGAGAAAUACCUGUGGAAAGAUCUUACAAUAGAAAAGGCUUACCAGUAUGCAGUAGAAAAUGCCAAGGAUAUUAUAGCAUUAGGCUUUGAUGUCAAUAAAACAUUCAUCUUUUCUGAUCUUGAAUACAUGGGGAAGAGUUUAGGGUUCUACCAAAAUGUGGUAAAGGUCCAAAAACAUGUAACCUUCAAUCAAGUGAAAGGAAUAUUUGGCUUUACAGACAGUGACUGCAUUGGGAAGAUCAGCUUUCCAGCCAUACAAGCUGCUCCAUCUUUCAGUAGUUCCUUUCCAGAAAUUUUCAAGGGCAGAAAGGACAUUCAGUGCCUCAUCCCUUGUGCUAUCGACCAGGAUCCAUAUUUCCGCAUGACAAGAGAUGUCGCCCCUAGGAUUAGUUAUCCUAAACCCGCACUAAUGCACUCGACAUUUUUCCCAGCACUUCAGGGAGCACAGACUAAGAUGAGCGCCAGUGACCCCAACUCUUCUAUCUUCCUUACAGACACGCCAAAGCAAAUCAAAACAAAGAUCAACAAGCAUGCUUUCUCUGGUGGAAAGGAUACCGUUGAAGAACAUCGCCAAUUUGGAGGCAACUGGGAAGUUGAUGUCUCUUAUAUGUACUUGACAUUCUUCCUUGAAGAUGAUGAGAGGCUUGAACAAAUAAAACAGGAUUAUUCAAGCGGUGCCCUGCUAACUGGAGAACUUAAGAAACUCCUGAUUGAAACCCUGCAACCAAUGAUAGCAGCACACCAGGAGAGAAGGAAACACGUUACAGAAGAGACAGUGAAACAGUUUAUGAUGCCACGAAAGUUGGCAUUUGAGUUUUAGAAAGUUUUAAAAGAAAUGAUUCUGCAAUCCAACAAUGUACUGUACCGUUAAUUAUCAACCAAAUAAGAUCACAUUUGCACCUUCCACUUAGUUUGGAAUAUGUGUCAAAUUGACAUGUUUUGAGACAAGUUAUGUGGAUUUGUUGAUCUUGGUAUCACACUCCCAAAGGACUUAAAGUGAAACUUCUCCAAGGUAACCAGUACCUCCUUCAUAAUUCAUAUUUAUAAUUUGUACAUCUGUGCUAUUGAGCUAUUCUAACCUGUGCUAACUAACCUAAAUAAAAUUAAUGAUUGCACCACUUUCCUAUUUAGUGAUUGAAUACAUUUAACAGCAAACUACUAAUCGGGUAAUUUGUAUAUAAAUGUAAACCAUACCUAUGUUAUUGAUUAAAAUGAUUGAACAACAAGAUGGAAGAUGUUGGUAAGUUACCGGGAUUCACAAACGUAGUAUAUAGGGUUGCCACCUGGCCAGUAUUCCACCUGCCGAGCCAAUAAAAGGCCAGUUAAGGCCAGGGUCGGUGUGACAAAUUUAUGCAUAAUGUACUUGGUAGUAAAAUUAGUGUCCUGAUUUCUUCUUUUUUUCCCAUGCUAGCCUCCUUUCCCAGAUCUGUUUGACCCUGCCCUAAGUCUGCCCAGUCCCUGCACCCCAUAUUACUGCCCAGUAAUUAUUUUGGGCUAAGGUUGCAAACCUAGAAGUACAUUGGAUAUAAAAAAAAGUCUACACACCCCUACAAAAUGGCAGUUUUUUUUAAUAAGAAAAGAAACCGAGAUAAAUCCUGUCUGAAUUAAUUCAACCUUUAUUGCAAAAUUAAACAAAUAAGAAAUCA